UGGUUGCCAAGGAGACGCGAGUACCGGAAAUGCAGAAUUCGGGGAGGGAGCGCACGCCAGGGCAGUAAGGGAGAGGCUGGGCGUCACAGGUCCUGACAGGGAAGAAGUAGGCAGGUCCUGGUAGGGUAGAGCUGUGGCGGUGCUACCUCAAGUGUAGGUAGCUCCAGUGCGAUGGAGUCGCAAAUCGCAGACUCGCUGGCUGGUGAGACCGCGCGAGCCGCGGGCGGGGGUCCGGCAAUGGGCAACGCCGCUGAGGGGCCCACAGUCUCGGCGCCCCUUGGAGCAGCCCGGUGGAAGCUCCUGCGGCAGGUUCUGAAGCAAAAACACGUGGAUGAUUGUCUGCGACAUGUAUCUGUAAGAAGAUUUGAAUCAUUUAAUCUGUUUUCAGUAACAGAAACCCAAAAAAGGGAAACUGAAGAGGAGGUUGGUGCAUGGGUCCAAUAUACAAGUGUCUUCCAUCCUGAAUACAGUAUCUCCUUAAGGCAUAAUAAUGGAUCCUUGAAUGUUGAAGAUGUUCUUACCAGCUUUGACAAUACAGGAAAUGUUUGCAUCUGGCCAUCUGAAGAGGUUUUGGCUUACUACUGCCUCAAGCACAGUAGUAUGUUCAGGGACCUUGCUGUGUGUGAGCUAGGGGGUGGCAUGACAUGCUUGGCUGGGCUCAUGGUUGCUAUUUCUGCAGAUGUCAAAGAAGUUCUGUUAACUGAUGGGAAUGAAAAGGCCAUCAGAAAUGUGAGAGACAUCAUCGCAAGGAAUCAGAAGGCUGGUGUGUUUAAGACUCAGAAAAUAUCAAGCUGCGUUUUACGAUGGGAUAAUGAGACAGAUGUCUCUCAACUGGAAGGACAUUUUGACAUUGUUAUGUGUGCUGACUGCCUGUUUCUGGACCAGUACAGAGCCAGCCUUGUUGAUGCAAUAAAGAGAUUACUCCAGCCCAGGCCCAAAUUGUAAGGCGUACUCCUCUGGUUGUACUCUCCACAGAUGAUGUGUUCUCUACCCUAGGGAUGCCGGGGGCUUCUGAAACCAUUCGUUACGGGGAGAGACGAAGGCAGCACUCAGUAGGGCUUAGUGGAUGUUUACUGAAUGAGGUAGAUGAUGUAUUAUUUUCCCUCCUAAAUAUGAAUCCACAUCUCAAAGGUAUCUGUAUUCAACGAACUGAAAAAGAAAACAACGACAUAACUGAACUACUGCUCACUCUUUCUCUUUUUGUGGGUACACAGCACCUCACACAGAAUGCCACCCUCUGAAGCUCCAUACAGCAGCUGACUCUGUAAAUGCUUCUUGGAGAAAACCUUUUCAAAAGAAUAAGCAGUAGAACAUGACCUUCAAAUUCCCAAAGACUCCCAUUUUUUAAAUUACUCAACAUCUGGAUUUAGUUUAUUCUCUCAACAAAUAUUGACUGAGUGCUUACUAUAUGCAAGGCACUGAGAAAAUGUGGUGAAUAAAACAUUAGAAGAUCCCGUUGUCAUGGAGCGUUCAUUCCAGCCAAAGGAACGGGCAAUGACAAACAAGAUACAAAACACGUGUCAGUGGUGAUAAGUGCUAAGAACAAAAAUAAAGCUGGGAUGGGAGGUGUGAGUGAUAAGGGAGGGGCCUACUGUUCUAGGCAGAGUGGUUAGGGAAGGACAGGUCAACUGAGACCAGAAGGAGGAAAGAGAUGUUUGAACAGAGAACACAGCCACAUGCUUAGUGGCAGUCCCUUGCAGCUCACCCCACCAGUGAGAAGGUGUCAUGCGGAGAGCGUGUGCUUAGUGUACACAAGCAUCAGCCCAACCAAGAAACCUGUAGCCCUGCAGACAUUAUGGUAUAUAGCUUUGAUAGUGGCUGUUGAAAACCAACUCUUCAAGUGUAACUGUAAGAUAAUUUUUGCAGGUGACUUUAAAAUAUAACAACUUCCAUUAUUCAAAAUUCCAGCUCUUAGAAAUGACUAAAAUGACCUACUAGCAGUCCUUUUUUUUUUUCUAAUGGAGACUUUUGCUCUCCUGCUGAGACCACGUAUUAUAUCUAGUUUCACAUAAAAAUGAAUUUUUGCUGCUAAGUUUGAAAAGCGCCUGAAAAUAGCAAUUAAUAUUGGAAAAGCUGACAGAACCUUAAGUGUAGAGGCAUGAUUGGUGCUGCUAUAAUUAUGUGCCUGAGUGUGUACAUGUCUAUGUAAACACAGUAUGAAAACACACUUGAUGUCCAGGACAGUGUGUUGGUGUAUUUUCUUCCAGGUAAGUGAGAGAGAGUGGGGGAGAGACUUAAUGGAAUUGAUAUAGCACUGUUAGUAGGUGUGGAUUUUUUAAUCUUACAUCUAUAUAGCCUUGUUUUUCCAAAUUAUUUUCACAUCCAUCACCUCAUUUGAUUCUCACAACCUGCUGGGGGAAAAAAAAGGUAGGAUAGGCUUUGUUCUUCCCAUUUGUUGGAGGAGAAAACUCAGUGGAUCAGCUAGAAUGGCUUAAGGUUCUUAUGUAUAAGAUGAAGGGAUUGGCCUACAGCAUCUCCAAGGUCCCUUCUAGCUCAACAGGUUCUAUGAUUCUUUUGUUUCUGAUUGUCCUGAGGUGCCACAAUUGUUUAAUGGUGGAGACUCCUUUUAAGUCCAGAAUCUAUUCUACUAUUCAGUUCCUACUUAUAGUCUUCAAAUCCUUCCCUGCAUAUUUGAUCAUCUGUAAAAUGCCAUUUCUACUAUACAAGGUUGUUGAGAAGAUCAUUGAGGGGAUAAAGGGAGGGUUUGUAAAGCACCCAGCACAGUGGCAACUAUCAUUAUGAUUGUCAUCACUGUUACUAAUGAGGAGACAAUGUAGUAUAGUUGGAAAGAGCAUCAGUGUUGGAGCUUCUAAUCAUUUAUUGGAAGAGCUCUUAAUACCUUCUACAUGGGGUGGUUUGAAGACUAAAGGAGAUGGUGUGUAUAUGAAUGCCCAACAUGUCUGACAUACCAGAUGCUCAAGAAAUGGUUGGUAGGUAUGAAUGAUAAACCACCUUUCAUAAGAAACUGGGAUAUAUUUUCCCAAUUCUUUCAUAAUCUGAAAUGGUUUCACCUCACAUUUCACAGAGGUGCAUUGUAACCUUGAAAUUAACAGAAGCAUACAGCCAUCUUUAAAAAAAAUAGAGAGAGAAAGAGAUUCUGAAGUUUGGCCACUUUCUGUUCACAUCUGGGAGAUGGAGGGGAAAUCUACAUGCACCCAGUAGUUAGCAAAUUGCCAUUGCGAAGUUUCAUGUCAGAUAGCCUUCUGCAAUUCAGUCUAUAUUUUAUUCCAGUCCUCCCACUCUCCCCACUGCCACAAUUUCAUAAGAUUUUGUGGAUUAUUUAGAAAAGCCUGCUUACCCUCAUGAUACAUACCGCUUUCUUCGCAAAGCAACCAUUUGAGCACUGUGAGGAGCAGCUUUGCUAUAGCGAUGACCCUUAUGAGGGAUUCGGUGGAGUUGGAAACCAAGCCCCUGGAGCCUUGUCUCUGGCAGCGCGCUCACAGACACGGCUGCUGCAGGACCGAAAUGUGAAAACUCCCCAAUAGGAUUUGUGGUUAUUUGUCUCUGUGAAGGCUUUCUUGGUACUGAAUUUUCAGGGCACAAUAAACUAACAUUUAUAAGCAUUUGCUGCCACCUGCUCUGGAGCUGCGUUGCGGAUGUGUUGGCAGGUGCUACAGAGUCACAAGGUGAGUGGAACUGCCCUGGACCAGUUACUCUAAAAUCUAGUAGGUAGUUUAAGCCAUUGGCCUCGAGACAGAACACCAACUUUCAAACACAUUUUGUUUUAUUAUAUGCAUUGUUUGAAAAGGAUGAAACACAGCAACUGGACAUUUGAGCGUGAAUGUUUUUUUCUUAUUUGAUGUAUAUCUAUCCUGGAAAUUAUUCCCACUGUGAAUACCUAUCCUGUGUGGACAUCUCAAGAACAAUUGAGUUUUUCUGUCUGGGAGCAGUACAUUAAAUGCUUUGACCAAUGUCUGUUAUGUUUGGUUGCCUUCCAAUUUUAAAAUGUGUGAAUUUCCUUUUUAAUG